GUUUUGGAUUUUUAACAGAAUUUCCGGAGUUUAAAACGUUAAUUUCCAAUUAUUUAAUGAUUAAUUAACCUAAUUAACUGGCAUGGCGAGUGCCCGUACACCGGAGUACACAUACCACUCCUUGAAAGAGGUUCACGAGAAUUACCAAAGCUAUAACCAGUGUAAUGUCUACGGGGUGAUUUCGGAUUGUUUUCCUGUAAGAAAAUCCAGGGGAAAAGAUUAUUUCUGCAUAUUGCGGAUAAUUGAUGAAAGUUAUUCAAAUGGGGAGGGAAUCAAAGUUUCCUUGUUUGCUCCGCUGGCACAUUCGCUACCCGAGGUGGAUCAAUGGGACAUAAUACGACUCCAUCGUCUCAAACCUUCAACAUACUUGGGUGAUCUAACUUUCCUAAGUACUAAGGGUUGGUCGUUUGUUAUGUGGCCUCACAAUGAAGAUGUAAACAACGGAAAAUCCAUUUCGGAAAACUGCACGAUCCAUGAAAGUGACAAAGAAAGAGUUCGUGAACUUCGGAAAUGGAUUUUUAAAUCCAAGGUUGGGCCAAGUAAAGACAUCUCAGUAUCUCCAACUAUUCAAAUCACAGAUAUCAAGAUGAACGUCUACUUUAACAUCAAGUGUCAGGUCGUAGGCAUGGCUUGCAUCAAAGAUUCACUUACGAUUCUAAAGGUAUGGGAUGGGACUUCCCCUCCAACCAAUAUAUCUCCAAUACCUUGUGAGGAUGUUGAAAUGGUUCACCUUCCAACAUUACCACAAAUAUCUCAUCUAUGUAUUGAUAUGUGUGUGUAUGACAAUCAUGUUGAUACGCUAACUCAACUUCAUAUUGCACCAGGGUCACACAUCCUGAUCACGAACCUCCACGCUCAACAAAAGUCGACGGCACCCCUCCACAUUGAGUUGUACCUGCAUGGGGGGGUUGUUCAUAAUCGUGGCAUCACUCUGCUUGACACUAAUGACCAAUUAAAAGGAGAUUUACAAUCAACACUUGGCAAAUUCACUAAUGUUCAGAUGUCAAGUAAAACCCCCCAUCCAAGUGGAACAACCAACACAACAAACACGAGUUCUUCUUCUGGAUCUUCAAGUUUAUCGGUCGAUGCGAGUCCGGUUCAACUUAAGAAAGUGGAAAUGUUGAACCCCAAACUGCAGCAACAGGAGCGAAAAUACGACGAGCUUGAACCCCCAGUGAUCCCCCCCACUCCACCCAAAGUAGUUUCCCCAACCAGGGGGUCCCCAUCUUUAUCCCGAGCUAAACGACCCACGAUCGCAAAAUCUAUGGAACAUACGAAACAAAGUCGAUCUAUUGGUGAAAGUUCGAAAAGCGCAGAUGGUGGGGUCACACCAGGGUCUUCUAAAGAACAAGGGUCAUCUAAAGGUCAAGGGUCACACAAAGGACAAGGCCGAUCUACCAUUGAAAUGAAACAAAAUGUCGGAAAUUCAAAGAUUAGUGGCACAACUAAUCCUCCAAAUGACUUUGUUGGAAUAUCUUUGGAACGAAAUAUUUCAUUGGCAGACGACAAUGACAGUUGUGAGAUCGAAGUCAGUAACGUUCGAAGCCUCUGUGAUGUCACAGAGAAGCAAUCCUCUUCAAUUUCUAACAAAAACAAACAAACAGAAAAUUCUGGGAAAAUCUUUUUACAAAAAUCUCAGAAAAAUGCUGAAUUUAAAGAACCCACACAAGUUGCACCAAAGGUGAGGGGUUCUGGGGUCAAAUCCCCGCUAAGGAGGUCACCCAGACAAAGGGGAAGCCAGGCAGUGGCUGUAGGGGGUUGUAGGGAAUCCGUGAAACAAAACUUAUCUGCCCCACAAACUGUAACUAGGUUGCAAAAACUACAACAAGAAGUACAACAAAAGAAACUACAACAACAAAAUCAGGAAAAAUCAAUCCCAAAAAAGCAGGACACGCCUCCACCACGCCCAUCUCGAGAAACUUCUUAUACAGUUCGAGAUUUAACAAAGAGAAAAAGAACUGAACAAAAAUUAGAAAAAGUUUUUCCUGAAAAAUUGAAAUCGCGAACCAACCCUGGAAAGUAUGGGGGUAAGACACGACCUUAUAAGGACUUAAUACGACCCCUUAUAUUUGGUGGGAGACCCCAACUUUUCGAUGAAACACAUUUAGAAGAUUUCGUGAAAUUUGUUUCAAAGAGAUCGCUAAGAUGUCAACAGGACUCAGCUACAGUAAUCAACGGGGAUGACUCGUCACUUUCAAUAAGCCGACUCAGCGAAAUAAAGUCGUUUAAUCUCCCGCCAAAAACAUUUAAAUAUUUCCGUGUUCGUUGCAAAGUGAAGAAAAUAUCAAAUCUUGAUUCUUUGGUUUGCCAUUUGUGUCCUGCCAAUAACUUCAGAUUCCACGGACCUUUCGACGGAUCUAACAUCAAAAUAUCGGAGAAAACUUCCAAAUAUUUGUCCUCUAGGAGGCGUAAGAGAGCUGACACUCCGUCAAAGAGUGAUUAUGACAUCACAAGCGACAAACAAAGAAGGCUUUCUGUUGGUUCGUCGAGAAAUUUAAGCAUGACAGUAACAUCGCACAACGAGCCACACGAUGGCAGUAAGUGGGAAAGUUUAACGAUGGAAGAAUGUGUGAUGAGAAUAAGGAGGAAAGAUGACGAGAAGUUUACUAUUUUAUAUGUACCUGGUGAUAAUCAUGACACCGAUGAGCUUGUCGGUAAAUAUGACAGAAUCAUCCGUAUUGUUCCAAAACAUAUUCUUCAAUCAAGGUCGAUCCCUCAUGUGGUUGAACAAGAUGGGAUGUUUUAUUAUUGCACCCCAUCUCUUACCCCUGACCCACGUGUCCCACCAUUGCCCCAUGAAGCAUCCCACUUCACCCCCACCCCGCCCACAGAAGCCAUUCAUUGCCCAACAAUGCCCAUUGUCUUCCAUAUUGACAUCACAAUGGUCGACGAAACCGACACCUGCAGCGCCACCUUGUGGGGAAACAAUGCAAGCGAUUUCCUAAACGGGAUUACGCCCGAACAGUUCGUUCAGAACGAUUCCGAUUGCCGUGAUGACGUCAUCAACAAAUUACGUCAUCUAACCGGUGACGUCACUGAUGACGAAAGAGGGGAAGCCCCGUGGUGUGAGUUUGUUGUGAAGAAAAGCAGGCGGGUAUCGAAACAGGGGAUUCCCGGUGACGUAUAUGAGAUUGUUAACACACGGCUGCGGUGAUUGGACAAUAUUGUGGGCGUGUCGUGACAACGCGAUUUGAUUGGUGGAGAUCUUGGGCCAAAGUUCAAGACGCUCUUGCUCAAUUUCGUUAAAUAUUUUCAUUACACUCAAUUCAAAAAGAACAAGCAAAGAAAUAUCUACACCCUAUUUCGUUUAUUUUUCGAAUAAACAAGAAUAUUCAAAGA